GAUUGGGAUCCCUCGAUCUUUCCGUCCUCCACAGCUUGUCACCGCACCGACGUUUUCCGAGGAGAGGGCGGCGUUGUGGGCCGCGCAGCUGAUAGGUCCAUACGGCGGACCGGAGCACCGCAACUACGAGACCAAGAUCAGCGAGGGUGGAUUCCACAACAUCAUCACGAGGUGCUUCGGGAAGAUGGUGCCGGUGCGACAGGACCCGAAGCUUGGUCGUCUUCUCCGAGUGGACGAUCGCUACUCCCACUUGGCCACACCGUCGAUGUUGGCGGUGGGGUCCAAGUUGCGGGACUCUUGCGGGAAGGCGAACGCGGGAACGGCGGUGCUGGGCUUGGCGGUGCCUGUCGUGCCGGUUCCCAAGAUACCUCGUUCGUCGAGUGGAUGCAAGAGGAAGGCUCCCCCGACUCCUUCUCCUUCUCUUGACUACGGCCCGGCGGAUUCGGCGGAUCCUGUCGUGGGCGAGUCGAGGUCCCCCCUGAGGAUGACCUUGGACCUGCACAUGAAGGGGAAGAUUGGACUUGAGCAAGUUCUUCCUCCUUCAAGUCACGAGGUUGAGGCUUUCACUUGCGAGACAGGGCUUCGGCUUCGGAGCGACUCAGUGGUGGAGUUGUCGACCGGAGCCAGCGGUGCGGGCGUCCAGGUGUUCUCCAUUGGUCGCGAGCGUCCCGAGGAGAAUGCUCCUACCUCGGGUGCGAGGGCUGCGGAGCCCGGGGUUCUUGAGGGCGAGCCCCCGACUCAAGCGAGGGAUGGAGUGCUUCCAUCGACCGUGGAUGGACCGAGAGACCCUUUCGUGACACUGGAGCUGGUGAGGGGUUUGGUCAAGGCCGUGGGCGCCCUUCCUGCCCUUAAGACUCAGAAGACGAUCCCGCUGCCUCCUCUGCGCGAGCCGCUGGAAAACAUUGUAACAUACGCCUCGCUCGGGCCCUCGCCGGCGCACCCGGACUUCGCCGUGGUGGUCGCCAUCUCACGCGAGUCAGAAGAGGAUGGAUCUCUAGACAGGUGGCUGCUCCACUGCCGCCCCGGCGACCCAGAGUGGUCCGACCUCGCCUCGCAGUCGCCGAUGCCUAGCCUCACGAGCCGUCUGAUCAGCUACGGAGGGCAGGUUUACUGGUUCGGCGAUUCAAACACUCUCGCCGUAAUCGGUCCGGACGACGAAGUGCUCCGAGCGCGGCUGAUCCACACCGUCGUCCCUAGGGGUAAGAGAAAACACGACAUGCCGACGGGGUACUGUCUUGUGGAGUCGUGCGGGGACCUCUUCGUCGUGCCCAUAGAGCAGUUCAGGAUGUUUGAAAACGACGGCACCCCCAGCGCCAUUGCUGUGUUUCGCCUGGAUCUCGAGUCCAGGGAGUGGAGCAGCGUGGAUAGCAUCGGCGACGACCGCGCGUUCCUCGUCUCCGGCCGUCAUGGCUUCUCCGUGCCCGUCGCCCAGGCAGGGGGCAGCUUUGUGCAGCAGGAAGAUCCUCCCAGAGCCUACCGAGCCUUGGAGCAGAGUAUUCUGGGCAGUCCCGCCAGCGUUGCAGGAGGUGGAAGAAAUUUAAGACUGUUGCCGACUAACCACAUCGCGCCGAAAGAGGUUUGUGAAUCCAGCUUCCAGUCAGUGGAAGAUGAAGAACAAGCAGCAGCAACCUCUGGAACGCCACCAUGGGAAGAUCUGCCAAUCGAAUUGCUAGAGUUGGUCGUCUCAAAACUAUCUUUGGUGGAUCGUAUUCGAUUUCCAGCCGUGUGCAAGACAUGGAGCAUGGUGUCCAGUCCAUUUGAGGAAGCCAAGGUCUGGCCUUGGCUCAUGCACUGCUCCGGCCGAGAGAUGGUGGAAGCUCCAAUUUUCGAAAGGAAAUACCACUACAAGGGCUUGUGGUGGUCAAACGCAGACCCGACGUCUCCAGACUGUGUCUUCUUUGGCAUCAACAGCAACCAUGAUGGCAACCGCGUCGGUGUCUACACUUGGCAGGACAGCGAGGACGAGUGGACCGAAAAACAUGCCCUAGAGUACCAAGAGCCGUUGUUCCCGGUUGCAUUCAAUAAUCCUGUUUUGUUCCAUGACAAGUUCUAUUGCCUCGGUAGGAAGGGCAACUUGGGGACACUUGACCCAACUAACAAUGCAUGGACGAUCUUGGAGAAGCCAGAACCACGAGGGCAGAGAGUUUUGCUACCUUGUUGA